AUGGAGGUGGACGGCGCGAGGCUUCAGCUGCUGCUGGCGACGACGUUCAGUGCGCGCGCGCUGGAGGACGACCCACAGUGGCGCGACGUGCCCGAGGUGGUGCGCAGCUCGUUGCUGCUGGUGGCGACGGAGCUGCGGCGUCUGCAGCGCCUGUUGGUUGCAAAUCUGCAGCCUCGCUCCGCUGCGCUUCAAGGCGCCGGAGAGGAGGAACAGGAUCCUAGGAUCCAGAGCCUGCAGGUCGAGGUGCGGCAGCUGAAGACGCAGGUCCGGGACUUGCAGCGACAGGCCGACGCCCGCCACGAGAAGAGCAAGCAGACGCUCUCGAGUCUGUGGGGCGAAGUGGCCGCUACCGCCCGGGCGACGGCCGACGCGCAGACGCAGCAGCUCGCGGCUGCAGACCGCGUCGCGGCCAGUUGGGAGGCUGCAGAGACGCAGCUUAAGCUACUGCAGCGCCGCGUGGACGAGCAAGGGCAGGGGCGAUGCGAGCUGCGCAAGCGGCAGGAGAGCUGUAGCCAGCAGCUCCGACGGCUCAAAAGGGACUUCGAAGCGCACGACCAUCGCGUGGUGGGGACGGCGGUGCCAGUUCAGAUGACAGCGCGAGUGGUGACGGAGGGGCUGGACGGGGAGAUCCAGCAGAGGCUGAGGAGCGGAACUAGGAAGCAUGGCGGGGCGGGCCGCGUGCUGCUGCAUCAACGCUACGUGGAAGCGCUGAAGAGACAGCAGCAACGGGACAGAGCGGGGCUCAGCACGGUCGUGGAGGAUCGUGUCAUUGGUGCGUCAGACUCGGUAUGA